AUGCCAGCAAAGGGAUCCCGCGGCCGGUCGGUGCUUCGUUCAUCAACAAUCAGUGAUCCACCUCUGGUAGAGCCACCUAGCACCAGGUGUAAACGUAAACAAACUAACGUGGCAGAGGGUGAAAAUAAUAAUGAUAUAGUACCUUCAAGAAAGAAAACGAAACGUACUACAGCUGAUUUUGCAAGCUUGUUUUCUGAAGAAGAUCAUGCAAAAGGUGUCGUUGAAGACGUCAGUGUUGUUGGACCGAAAACAUCUCGGACCCGUCUCCUGGAGCUGCUUGAAAAAAGGAUCUCAAAAAAGGAAAGAAGACUCUCGAGUAAAGCGCCUCAAAAAACUCCCAAUCCGAAUUCACCAACAGCUCAUGUUGAAGGCAUUAAAGGUUUCAUUUGCUCUCAAAAAACUCCCAGUCCGGAUGCACCAAUAGCUCAUGUUGAAGGCCGAAGUCUUGAUUGUUCAACGUCUGAAGAGGCUGGUACAUCGGAUCCUCAGGAAAUAGACUAUCAAAUCUAUAGCAACAAAGUUCUGGAGAAGAUGCUGCAAGAAGUGGGUUUGGACACGUUUGGAAUGGAUAAAUUGAAACUAGUUGAAAAUUGUAAGGUCUAUCACGAAUUGAUCAUACCCCCCGUAACUUGUGAUCUAGAAGAUCCGGUGGCAUCUACGUCAACAGCUCAAAAGGAAUCAGAUGCCACGCAAAGGAGUUUCACCUUUUCAACGACAUCAAAGGAAGUGCUUGAAUGGGGAUCAAGGUACGGAAGAAACGACAAAGAGCCCUCGCCAAAAUCUCUACCGAGUUUAGAACACGGGACACUUCUGUUCCCUCGACCCCGACCAACGGACUUGUCACGAUCCAAUUCAAUGCAGUCAAAGUCAAAAAAGGGAAAAGAGAAGGAGUGCAGAGAGUCUGACAGUGACUAUAUUCCUGAAGAUGAAGAAUUGUUCAAUCAUCAAGAUCUCGAGUUUGAGCAGACUGAAAAUCACAGAUCAAAAGUUAUGCAACCUGGAAUGGUGUCGGAUGACGAGGCACUUCUCAAAGAUGAAGAAUUGUUCAAUCAUCAAGACCUUGAGUUCGAGCACAUCGAAAAUCACAGAUCAGAAGGUAUGCAAUCUGGAAUGGUGUCGGAUGAUGAGGCACUUCCAAAAGAAUCCGCGCUGUCUAACAAAGAGCUCACAAGGUUAUGGAAAGAAACCAAAGUGUCGCUGAUCAAGGCGAACAAAAGGAUUGAAAAACUCGAAUGCGAACUGAAGAGCUUGUCAGAGGCUGUAAUGACAUCUGUUGGUAAUCGCAAUUCAGGCAAUAUCAAUGGUCAGGCACGCGGAGGACGCACCGCUCGACCGACCAAGAGCAGGAAGCAUGGAAUUGCGAAAUAG